UUUAAAUAUGCCAUUGCUUGCUCAAUAUUCGCUCCAUGUGGCUGCUCCUGAUUUUAGCUUGUGUGCUUGGUUGCGCUGGAUACCAAUUCCAGCUGGAAGUGAAUGAGACUGGGCGAUUUGUCUAUACAGGCAACAAUGGAAGGCAUCGAUACUGUACAACAUGCGAAACGGGACAAAAUGACGAAAUAAACAUGAAAACUCAACAAUCUGAAUGCAUUGAACAAAACUUCCAAGUCCCGAUGCCCGACGGCAGCAAGGAACCAAUAUGUAAGGAGGGCAUUAGUGAUGCCAUUAUACCAGGUUGUGGUCCUUUACCAACAUCAGACGGACUCUCUUGGAGGACAGAGUCCGGUAGACCCAUACAGGUCAAAAGCACUGUGUAUGAGGUGUAUUAUCCUAUAUGUAGCCAGAAUGGCGUCCUUAACAGGGACCUACGCAGCGCUCGAUGUGGUGAAGACCUGAGAUGGAACGCCACCAUCCAGGGAUUGCGGUGUCUUUAUGGUUGUGGUCCUUUCCCAAUUGGUUCGAAGUGGAGGCUGCAGAAUGGAAGCGAGGCUGAAAAUGAAAGUUUGGUGGGGGAGAUUUAUUUCAGUGAAUGCUCGCCUCGUCACAAACGGAGCAUAGUUAUGUACUGUGGACCAGAUUCGAAAUGGCACGCUAAUUAUUCUACACCAUGUGAAACCGACAAAUGUGAACAGUGGUAUUGCAGUGUAGAAAUUCUUAUUGGAUGUUCGCUAGGAGCAUUUCUUGGAAUACUCAUAUUGGUCAGGUGUAUUUACAUGCACUGUCAUUUCGAUGGGCAUCGAACAACGACAAAUAUUGACGAAGAAUCUCCAAUGAUAAAAGUUUCAUGUACGGCAGUCCCUGUACCGGAACAGACAACAGAUACUACUAGAUUGUCAUCCAGCUCUGAAGAAAGCACUGACACAGCAAGAACAUCUCCUGGAAGUUCGACGCCGGUGGAACACGAGUGUGAUCAAUAUGAACUUAGGUCCUUGACAAAAACCACGUCUUUAAGCAUUUUAUCCUUAAAUCCAUCGAAUGAAAAUAUUCGAGUUUUUCAGGCAUUACGCUCAACAACUAAUAACGACGGGAUUUUGCAGUUUAUAGUGCAGAAAGGUGAAACGGUUUUUAUUGCCACCAAAGAGAAAUUGAAUGACUCGGAUUGUCUGCAAAUACGGCGACAGGAUCCCGAGUCGUAUCGAGGCGUGGAAAUGCACCCCUUUCUGCACUGCAUCUCCUGUGUGGAGAUUGAUGACUCCGGGGUUUAUUAUUGGAGAACCGCCUCUUCGUCAAAGGAACGUUACUUUAAAUUUGAUCUUAAAGUUGUCGACCGCGGGCAACCAGAUGGUUUGGAGUCGUCUGAUUUGAACCCUUUGGCGAGUGCAGGCUCUAAUGGAGAUGUGCAUGAAGACCACACUGAAUAUCAUUCUUCUGUAAGUAAUCCUUGUUUGGCUGGGUUAUGUCCAUCUUUGAGCGAAGCCUCUUUGUUGACCGAGGAUAACAAAGAUGAACCAGUCUGUGGGUUACAGAUAGACACUAUAUAUCGAGAUCCAAUCUGGGAUGCCUUCCUGAAGCGUUUGUGUAACUGUCUCAAUAGUUCAGCUUCAGGUCGAGAAUGUGCAUGUUGGAGGGAAAUAGCCAAAAUGUACCUAAAACGGACGGAUGCCUAUCUCUCUAGUAUUGAAUGGUACGAAGAGGGUGAUCCUGUUAACGGCCCAGCCUACCUUAUCCUAAACGACGUCCGGAGAGCGUACCGAAUCAUUACCAUAGGCCAACUCGCAGCGAAUCUACAACCGCCAAACUUAGACCUAAUGAACUGCAUCAACAGUUUUCACCACAACUGCACCUUUUGCACUCGUCUUUAUUACCGAAUGCAUCAAACAAGACCAAAAGAUGUCCACGGAUAGUAAAAGGGGUCAUUUUAUCCCUUUGCUGUUUUUAAGGGACGUUGAAUGACAAUUUCUGAGUUGUCUCCAAGCACCCCGGUCGGGCUCUCCGAGGUACACGAAUAGGGUCCACGCAUAAGGAAGGAGUCGGCCUUAUUCUCUCUGUCCUGAGACAGAAAGAGCGGUGAUUUAUUUCACAUAAUUGACUAUUUUUUAAAUAUUUUGACAUUCACAGGGAAGUUUUCCAGGUUUUCAACUACAGUCAGUUGAUAUCUCUCCGAUCUUUGGAACUUCCGAUAGGAAAGCAGAAUACCAUCCAAUCAGAAAGCAUGAUUCAAAUGUUUUGAACACUGAUUUGCAUAAUAUUUAACUUUUGUGCUGUUGUUAAUACGCUUGCCAGCUUAUGAAUAAGAAUCUACAUACCAGUAAUACGCUGUACAUGUGAAGUGUAACGUUUAUUGACAUUAAUGUUAAAUGUGAGUUAA